AUGGCACCUGCCAAAGCGCCUGCGGGUCACUUCACGAUCCUCUACUUCGCAGCGGCUUCUACCUUUACUGGCAAGACGAGCGAACAUCUUCCUGCUCCAGUCCGAGCUCGCGACAUCUUUACUAAGUUGGAAGAGCGGUAUCCGGAUAUCUGCAAGAAAGUGCUAAGCAGUUGUGCUAUGACGAUCAACAUGGAAUACGUCGACGUCGGCGAAGAUGAUGCAGAAGACGCGGAUAAGCAGAUUGUGGAAGGUGACGAAGUUGCUAUUAUCCCACCUCCCGCCCCACUAGGAAACAUUCUUGAUCCCGCCCUCGAGCAGACAUCGCCGACGGGACCAGAGGCGUCGCACGAUGACGAUGACCAAGACGACGAAGGCGACCAUGAUGGUGCCCACGGUACACCAGGAUCUGCCAAAUCUCCUGCCGACCUCAAGCGCCCUAGAGCAUGCGACUCAUGUCGAGGACUGAAGGUUCGCUGCGACCAGGAGCGACCUGACGUAUCAUGUAGACGAUGCGCCAAAGCAGGCCGGCCUUGCAUUACAACACCACCAACACGAAAGCGCCAAAAGAAGGCCGACAGUAGAGUGGCCGAGCUCGAGCGCAAGAUCGAUGCAUUGACAGCAACAUUGCACGCACAAAAGGCUGGCGCACCCGAGAUUAGGCAUCUUGGAGGCAUACCACAGCCAGGAAGCAGCGGCGACUCCAUGCCCAUGCCGAUUGAGGGCCAGUACCGUAUGGGAACACUUGAGCAUGAUUGGUCUCAGCCUCCGGCCGGCAGGUAUCCAGACAUACCACCCGGCUAUGGCCCAGCACAGAACAUGCAGAGAGGACCCGAACCAAAGCGCAGGAAGCUGGACAAUACACCACACGCUACGAUCCCUGAAGAUAUGGACGCCAUCCAUCGUGACCUAGCAGAGCACCCAGAGAUGAAGCGAACGGGCAAGAACAAGAUUCAAGCCGACCACUCGCACAUCAACACUUUGAUUGACAAUCUCAUGACGCCUGACAUUGCAGAGCGCGUCUUCUUUCGCUAUGUCAAUGAAAUAUGCCCACAUUUCCCGGCCGUACCCUUCCCUCCAGGCACUACAGCCCGCGAAGUCCGGGAGAAGAAACCGCUUCUCUUCCUCGCUGUCUUGGCUGGGUCCUCGCACGGGAGCGCAGAGCAAUUGGUGUCACAAGAGAUCCAACGCGAGUUGACCAAGCUUCUCAAGGAUCAGCUUGCUGACAUCAUCUGGCGCAACGGGGAGAAGUCGCUCGAAAUAGUGCAGGCACUACACAUUUCUGUGCUUUGGUACCGUCCACCCUUGCACUUUGAGCAGCACAACUUCUACAUGAUGGUCAAUUGUGCCGCAGUCAUGGCUCUGGACCUGGGUCUUGGAAGAAAAGCAACACCGAACGUCAUGAAGCUUUCGGUCGGUCCGUUCAAGAGGUUCCAUCCAAACUCCAGCAGCGUCGAAGCCCGUCGAACGUUUCUCGUCUGCUACUAUCUCUGUAUGAGUAUCACCAUGGUCUUGCGACGACCAAUUCUACUACGCUGGACCAACUACAUGGCGGAGAGUGUUCGCAUACUUGAGACUUCACCCGAAGCACUCCCGUCCGAUAGACUACUUUGUCAGCAGGUCAAGAUGGCGCACAUAGGAGAAAAGAUAUCGGUGGAGUUUUGCAUGGACGACCCCUCGGUCGAAGUUGCCAUCUCCGAUCCCAAAGUCAUAUAUGCUCUCAAGAUAUUCGAGAACGAGCUGAAUGGAUUAAGGGAGGAGAAUGCUUCUUUGGGUGAUGUUGAUCCAACCCUCCGCUUGGCAGAACACGUUACGAAUCUUUACCUACACGAAAUUGCGCUACAUCAGAAUCAAGGCUCUGCUGAUCUCCAGCCUCCUUACACUACGGACGCGCUAUCUCCGUCAGUUCUUGCUGCAGCGAAGAAGGAUGGUCCCGUCGGCCCGGCUCAUAUAGGUGCUCUAGGUGAUUGCCUCACUGCUACUCAUGGCAUCCUAGACACUAUACUGAGCAUCGAACUCGACAUUCUCCUAACUCUGCCUGUCAUCUUCUGUGUCCGAGCAAUUUACGCCAUCGUUUGUCUUAUGAAGAUGUGGGUGUCAGUGACUAGUUCGGGCGAAGUGGGCAGCAUCAUCAAGAAGGAAGAUCUUCAGAUUGAGGCCUAUACCGAACAGCUAGUCUCCAUGUUCAACGCCAUUGUUUCUCGCGAUGCUCAAUCGCCCCAUGGCAAGUUCUACUUCGUCGCCAAGCGCCUACAAGAACGAUUCGCCCAUAUCAAAGAAGGUGCCGCUAGCGACCAUCAACCCGAUACUGAAUACGAACCCACUCGCAACGCUGGCCAAGCUUCACGGCCUUCCACUCGCCAAUCGCCUGCAAAUCAAACACCACUUCACCUCCUUUCUGAAGUCGCGAUGGGGAGCAGUAAUAAUGCUACUUCGCAACAGCAACAGACGCAAGCGCAUUCUCGUUCUCAGCAACAAGCUCAGGCUGCUCUGCAAGCACACGCGCAACACUCUCAGCAAGCCAUGCCGAACUGGUAUCCCAACAUGAACGCACAGCCUACUGCGGAAAUGAUGGGUCUCGGCGCACAGCAACCAUUUGACAUCAAUUUCGACUUCACUCAGUUCGAUUUAGGUACAGGCUCGGACGCAGACCUAUCAGCGCUAUUUAUCCCAGACUCGAUGGGGAUGUGGACGUACCCUACCGAUCCGAAUAUGCAGGGCUACAAUGGAUUCUAA